UUGAGUCGGCCAUAAUGGUGCCUCUCACAUGGGCGUGGAGCCAGCUCGUGUGCAUGUGUCUGCAGCCUUGUUCACGUGAUGAAGGAGCUCUGCAUAUGGUUACAGGCUGUUGGAGAAGAGACUUUACGUUCACCAACGAUGUAAUCACUCAAUGUGCCGCUUCGAUCCCUUCUUUGAUAGUGCCCACUGUGCCCGAGUAGAAUGCUGAGGUCCUGUUUGUCUAUCCUCAAACCCUUGGGUUGGGGACGGAUGUCGCCGCAGAGCUCCGUUCUCUUACUACCCUCAGCCCUAUAUCUCCUCCCGUUCGUGCCCUCACAUGCCUCAACCGUCGCCAUCGAAACCGAGUUCGAGAUAGCACUGCAGUCAUGUCUGACACAUGCCACCCCAGGAACGCAUUUAGUAAAUCUUACACGUCGCUUCGGUGAUGCCGCCCACGCCUGAGCGCACCGCGAGUCUCCAGUCCCAGAUAUGGAACGGUUCCUUGCCAUUAGAAAUACGGCUGGCUGCCAGGGACUGCCGAACGUACGAUGAUAGCGAAGCCUACUUGAUCCAGUAUCCGAGACUGUCUUACCUGGCUUCUCUCUCGCCAAGGCUGCACUCCUUCUUCGCAGGCUCUCUCAUCAAUCCGGAAGUUGCCGCGCACGAGGCAUGGUUGUCCUUCGAAGACGUGCCGUUGAAAUGGCACUAUCCACUCGGUCUGUUGUAUGAUCUCUACUCUGGCGCAGAGCCGAUCAAUAUAGAGCGGCGGUCCGGUCAUGAUCCUGUUACUGGCUCUCACGCUGCGGUCGCAAAUAACAGUAAUGCGGUGCCGAUGCCUUGGAGACUCACGGUCCACUACAGCAAUCAUCCUACCGAUCAACUGAUACCGCUUGAUCUUGGCGGAAGGACGAUGCUUGACGCGUACAUCAACGCCGUCAAGGAGGCGGACUUCAUCCGCAAUGGGACGGCAAGGACAGUAAUGGGUCUGAGUAAGGAUGACUCGGACAAGCUAUGGCAAGCGGUACAAACGCAUGACCGCCGGCUCUUUAACAGCGUAAACAACAAGCUGCUAAACCCGCCAGGUAUGGAGCUCCGUCAUAUCCCCCUGAAGAUAUACCUUCCCACGUCAGCGUCACAGACAGCGUCCGAGACCAUUCCUGAGGAGCCCAAAGCCGGGCACAUUCGCGUUGUACAGUCCCUGCAGCCUCUGCAGAUCGCCUCUGGCCAACCGCAGACGCUCGGGACGGCGCUGAACAGCACUUUACCUACAGUAUUCCCAAGCCGGCGUAAUCCACUACUGGCACAGCCUGUCUUGCACGGGGUGGCGGUGCCAAUGAAUGCAAAUCUGCAAGAUCUAGGCAGAGCUUGCGCGUAUACUGACGGCUUCCUACACGUCGCAGUGGUCAUGCUGGGCUAGAGUGUACCAUCAAUACUUGAGACCAAUCUCGUGAUCUCGGGAUAU